ACGACGACACUCGUCGCAAAAAUUUGUGACUGUUGUCACAAACCGUUUGACUUCGUACAUUAACUUUAUCAAUUCACACUUUACUUACUUACGUACCUACUUAAAAAUAGUCUCCUCCAAUUUGUCACGUGAUAGUACAUACUACACGCCUGCGCCAGUUGCAGCUCUUUCGCGGCGAACAAGAUGUCGGUGCGGUACGAAAAAGACGGUGAGAAUAAAGGGGAGAGCUACCGCGUUGCGGUGCAAACCGAAGUUCCUGAUGAUGGCAGGAAGGCGGAUGGCACCCCGCAUCCCCACAAGAAACCCAAGAAGGGAAAGAAGCACAAGAAGAAAGAUCUGGAUGAGCUGAAGAAGGAAUUGGAAAUGGAUGAGCACAAGAUUUCCGUUGAUGAACUGUUUGCCAGGCUUGGUACACAUCCGGAUACCGGUUUGACGAAAGCUCGCGCAGCGGAAAUCUUGGCUCGGGAUGGGCCCAAUUCCCUCACCCCACCCAAGACCACUCCGGAGUGGAUCAAAUUCUGCAAGCAGAUGUUUGGUGGCUUUGCCACACUACUGUGGACUGGUUCGCUCAUGUGCUUCAUUGCAUAUGGAGUUGAGGCGGCAGUCUACGACGAACCCAACAAGGACUAUUUGUACCUGGGAAUAGUGUUAGCAGCCGUGGUCAUCAUCACAGGCUGCUUCUCCUACUAUCAGGAAGCCAAGAGCUCUAGGAUCAUGGAAAGUUUUAAACACAUGGUACCCCAGGAAGCAUUAGUGUUUCGUGAUGGUGAGUGGGUCUCGUUAGAUGCUACCCAAGUCGUCGUGGGGGACAUUGUGGAAGUGCGUGGUGGUGACAGGAUACCAGCGGACAUCAGGGUCUUUGAAGCAAGAAGUUUCAAGGUGGAUAAUUCCUCUUUAACUGGAGAGUCCGAGCCACAGAGCCGUUCUCCUGACUUUACCAACGAAAACCCUCUAGAGACCAGAAAUAUCGCUUUCUUUUCAACCAACGCUGUGGAAGGCACGGCCAGGGGCGUGGUCAUCCAGUGUGGCGACCGCACUGUCAUGGGCCGUAUUGCCAACCUGGCCUCAGGACUGGACACGGGCAAGACCCCCAUUGCCAAGGAACUGGAGCACUUCAUUCAUAUCAUCACUGCGGUGGCCGUCUUCCUUGGUGUGACCUUCUUCAUUCUGUCCUUCCCUCUGGGCUACAUCUUGCUGGAGGCCGUUGUCUUCCUAAUUGGUAUCAUUGUGGCUAACGUGCCAGAGGGUCUGCUGGCUACUGUCACCGUGUGUCUGACGCUGACCGCCAAGCGUAUGGCCAGUAAGAACUGUUUGGUCAAGAACCUGGAGGCCGUGGAGACCCUGGGCAGUACCUCCACCAUCUGCUCGGACAAGACUGGCACCCUGACCCAGAACAGGAUGACAGUGGCCCAUAUGUGGUUCGACAACACCAUCGUGGAGGCUGACACCACCGAGGACCAGUCUGGUGAUACCCUGGACAAAAGCGCUCCAAGCUGGAAGGCUCUUUCCCGUAUUGCUUGCCUGUGCAACAGGUCCGAGUUCAAGGCAGGUCAAGAUGAAGUCCCUAUUCUGAAGAGGGAGACCACAGGUGAUGCGUCCGAGUCGGCCUUGGUGAAGUGCGUAGAGUUGGCCAUGGGCAGUGUGGCGGAUUUCCGUAACCGCAACAAGAAGCUGGCCGAGAUCCCUUUCAACUCCACCAACAAAUACCAGGUUUCGGUGCACGAGUGCGAAGAGGACAGCCGCUAUCUCUUGGUCAUGAAGGGUGCCCCUGAACGCAUCUUGGACCGUUGCACCACCAUCAUGAUCAAAGGGGAGGAGCAGCCUUUGGGAGAGGACAUGAAGGUGGCCUUCAACAAUGCCUACCUGGAGCUGGGCGGUCUCGGCGAACGUGUGCUCGGAUUCUGUCAUUACUUCCUGCCAGAGAAGGAGUUCCCACGAGGCUUCCAGUUUGACGCCGACGAUACCAACUUCCCCCUGGAGGGCCUGUGCUUCGUGGGGCUCAUGUCCAUGAUUGACCCACCGCGGGCCGCUGUGCCGGACGCUGUGGGCAAGUGCCGCAGUGCUGGAAUCAAGGUCAUCAUGGUUACCGGUGACCAUCCAAUCACGGCCAAGGCCAUUGCCAAGGGUGUGGGCAUCAUCUCCGAGGGCAACGAAACAGUGGAGGACAUCGCUGAGCGCCUUGGGAUCGACGUCUCCCAAGUCAACAAAGACGAUGCCAAGGUAGGGACUGUAAAUCCCACGGAAUCGGGUGUUGCCAUGGGUAUUGCCGGAUCCGAUGUGAGCAAGCAAGCCGCUGACAUGAUCUUGCUGGAUGAUAACUUUGCCUCUAUCGUGACUGGCGUGGAGGAAGGCCGUCUGAUCUUUGACAACCUUAAGAAGUCCAUCGCCUACACCCUGACCAGCAACAUCCCUGAAAUCUCGCCCUUUCUAGUCUUCAUCCUGGCGCAGAUACCCCUCCCCCUGGGAACGGUCACCAUUCUCUGCAUCGAUCUGGGCACUGACUUGAUCCCUGCGAUUUCCCUUGCCUACGAAGAGGCGGAAAGUGACAUCAUGAAGCGUCAGCCUCGUGACCCUAUUAAUGACAAGCUGGUGAAUGACAGGUUGAUCAGCAUGUCCUACGGCCAGAUCGGCAUGAUGCAGGCCUCGGGCGGGUUCUUCACCUACUUUGUCAUCAUGGCUGAGAACGGCUUCCUGCCCUACACGCUGUUUGACCUACGGCGUGACUGGGACAACAAAGGCAUGAACAAUGUGGUGGACUCCUACGGGCAAGAGUGGACUUACAAUCAGCGCAAGGUGCUGGAAUACACUUGCCACACCGCCUUCUUUGUCAGCAUCGUGGUGGUGCAGUGGGCUGAUCUGAUCAUCUGCAAGACCAGACGGAACUCCCUCAUCCACCAGGGAAUGAGCAACUGGGUGCUGAAUUUUGGUCUGGUGUUUGAGACGGCUCUGGCUGCAUUCCUUUCCUACACACCAGGUCUGGAGAACGGACUCCGCAUGUAUCCACUCAGGAUUGGAUGGUGGUUUUCAGCCUUGCCCUUCAGUAUUCUCAUCUUCGUCUACGAUGAGUGCCGCCGGUUCCUCCUGCGUCGCAACCCGGGCGGAUGGAUCGAGAAGGAGACCUACUAUUAAAGCACCUCGCCCUGCACGGCCCUCUGGCCGCCUGUUGACACCUGCGUGCGCUCGGAGUCGGCCGGUGCGUCCGGUGUUUAUUUUAAUUAGCAAGAUGGGGACGUGUACCACUUAUGACAGAAUUGCGGCAAUGCAGGAGUACCAGGGACGUUGCCGUGCGUACUUAAAAAGAAAAAAGGAUCCAUUGGAAUAACAACGGGAAAUAUUGCACCACAAGGUAGAUCCUACCGCAGUAGCGAUUGACCACGUAAGAGUUUCUUAGAAGUAAGGACACAUAUUGGGCACUGUUGCUGCCUGGUUUUUAUUUCAACAAUAAAUUGAACAGUGUGUAUAAAUUAAUGGUGAAUAUUUGACAAUACAAGUUAGUCACCACGUUUAGCGUAGCUCAAGGACCAAGGACUUAGGCGGCGUUAUUGGCGCAGUAGUUCGGGAAACGCGUUGUCUGUGAUCAGCAACAUGUUCAGUCAAGGAAGGGACAUCUGAUUUUUUUUUUUUGUACAGAAAAAUAGUUUCUUUUAUCCUGACGUUUAUCUUUCUUAAGUCGUAAUUACAGUUGGGUUCUUUGGAGUAUUCUUAAACCUUUCCUUCAAAUUGUCACUGCUCGUACCCCUAGGCUUUGAUGCACAUGAAUGUAAACAUUCGGACAGCAAAAGCAUCACUGAAGAAUUGGGCCGGAUGUAACACAGUGCCAGAUAUUUUGAGGAGGAACUGUAAACAUCUCGUUACAUUGUCUUAAAUGUCGCAAGUGGAAUAUUCGCCGUCUAAGCCUUGGGCAUUUUACUCCGAGGGAGGCUCACUUACCUGCCCCUUUUAACUUGUAAAGCAACAUUUUUUACCCAGAAGAAUUCUUAAUCAUCUCGCAUUUUGUGGCAGUUCUCGGAACUCACUGCCAAGUAACAUUCCUAAAACGUUUCAACCACUCCUCCCCUACUACAGAUUUGCUUAGAUUUCCAGGAAACUGGCAGUGAAAAUUCACACAUGUGCGCUUUUGAUGGCUCCCUUCAAGUUUUUUCUGAGGAGUUAAACUUUUCUUAGAUGCAAAAGACUACAGAAACUUGGAUUUUAAAACUUUCGUAAGCGGCAAAAUGAAUAACCUGUGAAAUCCACUGUGCCCCUGUAAGACAGUACACCUCUUCAUCGUGAGAGUAUCCACAUCAUCCUGCCCACACCUCACUAGUUGGAAGCAUUCAAGCUAGCUCGCGAGUGCACCAGUUCACUGUGGCCGGUUCAUUGUACAAAGGUGUUGAUAUGAUAUAUAAAAAAAAACAGAUGUAUAGCACACAAGUAACCAAAGUAACGAGUGUAAUUUCUUGGCUACUGGUAGUAUUUUUAAGUGAUAAUGCGCACACUUGUAUGCAAGAUUUUUCUUGUUUUGGCUUUCAAAAGUUUGUCAUUUACCUUUUUCCUCGUCAGAGAGACUUUCCGUUAGGUCACGGGUUUGACCUUCCGGACAUGUUAGGACUUACUAUUUUUAGCCACUGCACUGUAAUGAAUAAAAGUCCAAACCCAACCGCACGGGUUGUGGCUGUUGAUGACGGCAUUUGAGUCAACGUGAGGGUAAACUUUCACCUCGCUCCAACCUCAGAUGAGUUUCACAGCACCUGAAAGAAAGGGUAAUAGUCUCAAGAUCAAUGACCUCCUUGACUGGUACCCCAACACCGACUGCCGGUGUCCCUAUUCGGCAGCCCCUUAUCCACAUACAAGUAACCGGUUCGCUGUAGUGUUUCUUUGUGUGCAUAUCCCCAGUUUAAGUAAUCUUCUUGAGUCUACAAUUUUUUAACGGCCGUUUCCAACUUGAAAACGUCUUGUUCUCGUCCUUAUUUUUAUCCACUUUUGCAACCUGGUGUUAAAUGAGUAUUGAUGUUGUAUUGCAAUAUGCUUGUUCGUAUAUACAAUUUGAUAUGAAACCACUGAAGAUGAACAGAUGUUAUAUAUUCAUAGACAAUAAAUUAAUGUACAAAUACAAAUGUUCUCUAGAAAACAGAAAAAAAAUUGUUGAGCAUUUACAACUGUCGGUUAAUUUGUACAUGGAAUUGUAAAAGUGAUUAGCUAGCAUGUUAAAAUUAUGAAAAGCGUAAAAUAGGAUCUAAGUUUUUCUAAGUGUUACUAAAAAAUGUUGAUCCUCACCCCGAAAAAAAAUAUUAAUUGUUGAAUUUAGAAGGUAGCAUCCUCAAAGUUUUUGACAAUUGUGAAUUCCUUGCUUAGCUUUCAGGUUUGGAAGUAUGGAUUUAAUUAGUAAAAGAAACUUCAUUUCUUUUAGCAUUGUAUGUUUCUUCUGUUAAAAGUGUUCACAUUUACUUUUUUAAGUUGAAGAAUGUUCGAAACGGCCAGAACUCCACGGUUUGAAACAGUUAUUAGGCAGGACAUUACAGAUGCCAGAAAAUAUGAAACACCUAUUUGAAAUUAUGUACAAUAUCAUCUCCGUCUUCAAGUUAAAACGUAUCAAUCAUGUAGCCUGCUUAGUGUUUUACUUGUGUACAUUUAUCACUAAAACUUUUUUUUUCUUCUGCUUAUAUAUCCUCAUACUUUUACUGUAGGUUGUUCACAACAUGCCCUCCGAUUAUCCUGAAUGUUAUCUUCUCACUGGGUCCCAUGCGUGGCACUGUUUGAUUUAAAUUAAGAGGGUUUUUUGUGAGUAACACAAAAUGAAAUAAUGACUUAAAUCACAGGUUCAUUGCGCCAAGUUGGUAUUUAUCUUUUGUUCUGGGUUGUUCACCUCUUUCCCAGUGGUCUCCGUCUUGGCUAGUGUUCUCAAAAAUACGGUACCUGGACUUGAGGUUGCUGGUUUUCAGCUAGUAUUGAAAUGAGCUAUAUACAUUCAUUUAAUUCUAAUCUACUCGACGAGCCAUCGCACUGCAUAGAAUUCACGUAGCGUCUCACUUCAGUUUUCCAGUUUUCGUAGAAGUGGAACAAAAGAAAACAAAAAAAGACCCCAAUACUUGUAAAUUGAUUGGUCAAAGAAAUUGCCACGUUGAAAUGAGAGUUUGUACUUUUUUUAUAACCAAUUGUAGGCCAGUUCCCACUGUUACAACAUUGUUUCACUUGACUGGGUUUUGUGCUGGCCAGUAAAAGUUUUUCCGUAUUGAGUUGAGUCAGAAAGACGCCUCUUCAGUACGGUUUCUCAUUGUAAUCGUAGCUAGUACAUGUGUCACCGUCCACAUUACAGUAGCAAGCGUUGCAUGAGUUAAGUAUGCAAAUAUUAUGCAAAUUAGUGUUCUCACAGAACGGCACAUUUGGGAUGGUAAGUGGACCUGGAAUGCACCCAACGUAAAUGCUUGUCUCCUGCAUGUUCAACAUCGCUGCAAGUCUUUGAUAUUUGUGUUUUUAGUAGUUACUUUCUUCGCAUGUAAGGAUCCCGUUCUUAAGACUUAAAUAACACUUUGUGGAUGUGCUGUGAAUCCAAGUUACGGUAACCAGUGCGUGGUCAGCUUUCAUUUUCUUACAUUCUCGGUGAUUGCUUGGUCAUCAUUGCUUAUAUCAGGAUUUGGGCAGACGAAUUCAAGCUUACACAACGCGGUAGUGGUCCAUUCGCACGCAGUAUAGUACAGCCCUUCGUGUUCUUAUAAGGCAAACAAUAUUAGCUAUUCAUCGUUAAAUUUGUCAGAACAGGUAAAGUGCCGUCAUUCAUUAAUUAAAAGUUGCACGUGUACGCCUCUUUUAGUGAUUAUCUAUGCAGUUGAAUUUAAUAUGAGGAUUGGCCGUAGCAACAGGGUGCUGUUGUUAGCAAUUCUUUUAUUGAAUACCACGCCCCCUGGAAUUCAGUGACUGUUUUAUGUAUGUAAUGCCAAGUCGGAGACGGUUCUUUAAAAAAAAAUGAAAUUAUACAUGUAUCUAGAUGAUUGAAUACUAAUAACAUAAUGCUUGAUUAAAUUUCAGGUUUUCCUUUUUUAAUAUUCAGUUUAAAUUCACAACCGGUUCCAAUUCCGUGUCACUGCUGAUCCAAGAUUCUGCUCAGCCGUGGUCUGCAGGUUACUUGCCAGAUGCGGUUUGUUUUGACGGACAACCGGUCUGAUUAUGCCGUGUCUUUGCUUAGCAGUGCAUGAAAAAUUGGACCAAACAAGUUGUAAUUAUCGGUAUUUUGUUCAUUCCAGUGGCAAGAGUUUACUCGUUUUUCUGUUGAGAUUCAACUUUCUGUUUAAUGAUGAGUAGCAAGUAGUUUAUUUUUAUCUCGUAGUUUACCUGCACCAUUGGACCUAACUAGGCAGAGCGGGUCGUUUUCCUUGUAUUCGAUGUGACUUAGAACUGUCAACCAACCCGGUUAAUGUGAAUCAAAGGGCCGGCUCUUUCCGAAACGGUUGUUUUGUGUCAACGGCUCCAAGUUUUUACCCAUCGAAACACCACGGUAAAAUGCACAGCCGUAGAGAAAAACGACCUAAUUUGAAAAAAAACUGGCCCAUAUCAAAAUUUGUUAAAGCUGUUUGGGACAUUGUUGCAUCUUCUUGUAGUUCUCGUGUUGAACAUUGAUUUGCAAGUUUCAGGAUUUCCCCCAUUGCUGUGGUCAAGUCCAUUUGACCUGAUCUCAUUUUAACUCAGAGAGUCCCACCCCACAUACAAGUUUGGAUCACAUUGUGCAGUCAGUUCAAUGGUUCUUUUUUGUCGUAGAACUUGUGUUUUCGAAAGGAAAAUCCCCUCUGAGGCAGUGCACUCUCCUUUUGUGUGAAUAGAAAUUUAGGAGGUUCCAUUUGCUCUGAGCAGGGAUGUAAGGAUGAAGGCAGCAGCCUUGUUAAGACAAUAAAUCGUCCUUGUGAGUUUAACAAUAGAAA